CACUCUUUCUGUCUCUGACUCUCUCGUGACUACUCAGAUCCUGCUGGGUUCAAGCGAAGUUUUGCCAUCUAGCAGCGCAGCGCAGCUCCCCAGGUGGAUUACAAGUCCUCUCGGCAUGCUGCGUUCCGCACCUCCCUGGCUCUUGGCACUUGUAUCAGUGCGCCAGUACCAAACCCCCGGGUCGAUGGUGCGGGUGGCCACAGUCUGACACCCGACAGGUGGCGUUGCGCGCUCUGGACUCACUGGUGGCGCAAGGCGCACGGGACAGCCAGACAGCGCAUUCAGCGAGCUAAUCGGACCCCGCAGGGCGCCCCGGGCCGAUGGACAUAUCACAGUCCAGGACCCAGCCGAACGUGCCGGAGGCGGCGGCGUGCCGCCACAGGUUACGACAGGAGGGUCCAGUGCCUGGGCUGAGACUCGGCCUCUGUCGUGUUCAUGCUCUUGCUCUUUGCUCCGCCUUUGCCGCUGCCUCUGCUUUGGGAGCCGCUGACUUCUUCCUAGCUAAAUUUCUGUUAAUCCGCAGAGCUCACAGGCCAGGGGCCCAACGGAAGCCGACCUUGACAACUCUGCGUCCGGCUUGGCUGCCGUUCCCCGUUCGUGCGCGGUUCCACGCGGCUGACGGGGUAACGGAGAUGGACAUGCCAGGUGUGUGCUGCGCCAUGUCUCAAUUGCUGAUCCUGGUGGCGUGCGGCGGAGAGAGGCAUCACUCGACAUUCUUCCCUUGCACACCAUCAUGGCGCUGCAGAAACACCUGGUGUGGAGAAACCAACCCUGGGCAUGGCUGGCACACCUCGCCCCGGCAUAGGUCACAGGUUAGCAAAGACCACGAGGACACGAGGGCCGAGCGAGCACGCCGAGUUGCGCGCAAGGGCAGCAGAUCACGAACCUACUGUAUAGCCUAGUCAUCCUGGCAGGAGUGGGUGAGAUCAGCAAGUGCAACGUGCGACGCUAGUGGCUGAGCCGGGAACCACAGAAAAGUCUGUAGAGAAAGC